AUGGCCAUGACAGCGACUCAACGGCUCAGGAAUGCCGCAGACUGCGACCCGAAGUGCUUCCCCUACGUCAUGCAUACAGGUAGCGACACCACCACCGCGACGGGGAAACAAAGACAUCGCAGCCAGAAUCCCAACCACAGUCGGAAUCUCAGCCACAGCCAUAGUUACCACGGUGCCCCUCUUCAAUGGCAAGAGCCAUUCCCACGGCCGGCCACAGCUAACCCAACCCUCAAUCACAGUCAUGAACCUGCGCAUGCCGUUCGUCCUACUCGCUCAAGAAGCCGUCUGCAAAAGCGCCCUUCACAGCACAUGUUGAAGAAGUCUGCCAGUGUUUCUGCAAUGCCGCCAACUUCUCCCCACCCCCGGAGACCAUCGCUGGAUCCGAAAGAUGCAACAGUCUUGCCCCAACUGCCAGUUCAUGGAGUCCCCGGUCGGUCGUCCUCUCUCCGAAAGAAGUCACUUGGAACCACUGAUCGUCCCAAAUCGAAGAAGGGCCUCUCGGAUGAGCCAAAACCCACGGUCUCGACGACGACUCAUGCGCCCCUCUCUCUAAGACCCAAGUCCUCGCCAGGAGAGCAGAGUCCAAAGGCAGAUUCCGACAGCGAAAAAUCAUCCUCAGCUGGCUCUCCUGGCCCUCCCAAUCCCUUCCGGACGGCACGCUAUCAACCUCUGGCCCCCAACGACCCCUCCCCACUAAAUCCCCUGUACCACAUUCCCAGCUCAUACUUUUCGCACGUCCACCCGACCGACACGACGCAACGCACGACGUCCCCCAAACCCAACGCUGACGCCGAGAAGAACGAUCAUCCACUUCUCCCGCCCGGGUUCAAGCCGGGGAAAAGUGAGCAUACCGAGGUUGAAGAGAUUCUCCGACCGGCGGUAACACACGAAGUCGUCAAACAGGACACAAAGGAGAUAGUGCAAGAAGAAAUCACCCGCGAAAUCCACGUGCACCACUACUACACCUACACGCAACCCAUCAAAGCAGUCGAGAUCCUCCCGGCCCGACAUUUCCUGGUCGACUCAGAAACGGGGGAGAAGGUCGAGAUCCCGGCACCUGAAGGAUGGGUCAUGCCCAGCAGCCUGCAGCCCUACAAGCCAGAUCUGAGUGGCAUCAGCGCGGUAACCCGGCAUUACCUGGUCGACGACGAGCAUCCCGCUGGUACGCCGGAGCCGGAGCCAGUUCCACCACUAAAUGCCAAAAAGAGGGCGUCACAGCAGGAUUUGAGGACCAGCAAGAAAGCCAGCGGUACGGGCAACUGGACGCCUUUUCCGAGAGUGAGAUGA